GAAAAGAGGGAAAAGAGCUGGGAGAGAGGUGGGAGAGGACGAGGGCGAGGGGACGGCCGGGCUCGUAGCCGGCCAAAGGAGGCUCGCGGAAGCAGCAGCCGCCGCCCGACCGCAGCUGAAUUCUGAAGAUUGGUCCAAGGGACUGUGUUAAUUUCAGAAAAUUGAUUUGAAAGACAUUGGCUCUGCCACUUAACAGCCAUGUAACCUUGGCGAGCCAUUAAUAGAGGCAGCACGUAACCCAGGCAGCAAGAGUGGCCCUACCAAGCUCCUUUCCUGCCCAGGCACCGUACUCGGAAUCUCCACUCCAAGACGCCAGAGCUUUGAACUGUGUCUAUAUGGAAGAAAGCAGCAGUGUUGCCAUGUUGGUGCCAGAUAUUGGGGAACAGGAAGCUAUAUUGACUGCUGAAACUGUCAUCAGUUCAUCAUUGGAAAUUGAUGAACAAAGAAAAGUUAAAACAGAUCCAUUGAUCCAUGUUAUCCAGAAGCUGAGCAAGAUAGUAGAACAUGAAAAGUCACAAAAAUGUCUUUUAAUUGGGAAAAAACGCUCACGCUCAAGUGCUGCAAUGCACUCUCUUGAAACCCAAGAACUUUGUGAGAUUCCAGCUAAAGUAACCCAGUCACCUGCAGAGAUCAGAAGGGCUGAGAUGUCACAGAUACAUUUUACCCCUGGCUCUCUUGCCCAGAACGAUGGGAAGACUAUGUCUUACCAGUGUAGCCUUUGCAAGUUUCUGUCAUCAUCGUUUUCUGUGCUAAAAGAUCAUAUCAAGCAGCAUGGUCAGCAAAAUGAAGUGAUAUUAAUGUGCUCAGAGUGCCACAUUACAUCUAAAAGCCAAGAGGAACUUGAAGCUCACGUGGUAAAUGACCACGAAAACGAUGCCAACAGUCACACUCAAUCCAAAGCCCAGCAGUGUGUUAGCCCCUCCAACUCUUUGAGUCAGAGGCCCACAGAGAGAAAUAACGAAAUCAUUUCUGAUGUCCCACUGAGUGUGGACAGUCCGCAAACUCACAGUACCCAAAACGCAUCCGUGACAGAGAUGGGUAAGAGGAAAUGGUAUGCAUACGAACAGUAUGGCAUGUAUCGAUGCUUGUUUUGUAGUUACACCUGUGGCCAGCAGCGAAUGUUGAAAACACAUGCUUGGAAACAUGCUGGGGAGGUUGAUUGCUCCUAUCCAAUCUUUGAAAAUGAAAACGAGCCCCUGGGCUUGCUGGACUCUUCAGUGGCUGCCGAACCUGGUGGGGUGGAUGCAGUAGUCAUUGCUAUUGGAGACAAUGAACUGAGUAUCCACAAUGGGCCUUCAGUGCAAGUGCAGAUUUGCAGCUCAGAACCACUAUCCUCUUCAUCUCCUUUAGAACACAGUGCAGAAGGUGGAGUUCAUCUAACUCGGUCAGUUACCCUUGACCCUAACGAGGAAGAAAUGCUGGAGGUGAUAUCCGAUGUGGAGGAGAAUCUGAUUGCUGACAGCCUACUUUCGUCUGCACAGAAGAUCAUUAGUAGUAGCCCAAAUAAAAAAGGUCAUGUUAACGUGAUAGUGGAGCGCUUGCCAAGUGCUGAAGAAACUCUUUCACAGAAACAUUUCCUCAUGAAUGCUGAAAUUGAAGAGGGGAAAAACCUGAGCCCGACCGAAUCCCAGAUUGGGGGUGGAGGAAGAGAUGAAGUUUAUCAUGCUGAUAAAUGUACUGUCGAUAUUGGGGGACUGAUUAUAGGCUGGAGCAAUCCAGAGAAGAAGGAUAGUGAGUUAAUAAACAAAGGGCUGGCUACUGAUGAGAAUGCCCCACCAGGCCGAAGAAGGACAAAUUCUGAGUCUCUCCGACUACACUCAUUAGCUGCUGAAGCUCUUGUCACGAUGCCUAUCAGAGCUGCAGAACUGACGAGGGCCAACCUUGGGCACUAUGGGAAUAUAAACCUUUUAGAUCCAGAUACCGGACAAAGGCAAGUGGACAGUACGUUGGCAGCAUAUUCUAAAAUGAUGUCACCACUUAAAAACUCUUCAGAUGGACUAACUAGUUUUAACCAAAGCAACUCUACGUUGGUCGCACUCCCAGAGGGCAGGCAGGAAUUGUCAGAUGGGCAAGUGAAGACAGGCAUCAGCAUGUCCUUACUGACUGUAAUUGAAAAGUUGAGGGAAAGGACAGACCAAAAUGCUUCCGACGAUGACAUUUUGAAAGAGUUGCAGGACAACGCCCAGUGCCAACCCAACAGCGACGCGAGUUUAUCGGGCAGCAGUGUGGUGGAAUACAUCCCUAAUGCCGAUCGACCCUACCGCUGCCGGCUGUGUCACUAUGCAAGUGGUAACAAGGGCUACAUCAAGCAGCACUUGCGAGUCCAUCGGCAGAGACAGCCCUAUCAGUGUCCUAUCUGUGAGCACAUAGCUGACAAUAGCAAAGAUUUAGAGAACCACAUGAUCAACCACUGUAAAACAAGAAUAUACCAGUGCAAGCAAUGUGAAGAAUCUUUUCAUUAUAAGAGUCAGCUGAGGAACCAUGAGAGAGAGCAACACAGUCUUCCAGACACCUUGGCAGUAGCAGCUUCUAAUGAGUCAAGAAUUUCCAGUGAUACAGCUGAUGGAAAAUGUGUUCAAGAAGGGAAUAAGUCUUCAGUACAGAAACAGUAUAGAUGUGAUGUGUGCGAUUAUACAAGUACAACCUACGUUGGUGUCAGAAACCACCGACGAAUCCAUAACUCUGACAAACCAUACAGGAAACCUACCAAGAAUAGUGUGUUCAGUGCUUGCUUCUUACAGUAUUAUAGAUGCUCUCUGUGUGGGUACGUAUGCAGCCAUCCGCCUUCUUUGAAGUCUCACAUGUGGAAGCAUGCUAGUGACCAGAAUUAUAACUACGAACAAGUAAACAAAGCCAUCAAUGAUGCCAUUUCACAGAGCAGCAGAGUUCUAGGGAAGUCCCCUGGAAAGAUGCUCUCAAGUAGCAGUGAGGAAAGAGCUGAUCCUGUCACUGGAAGUUCGGAAAACUUGGUGUCAGCCUCAGAGCUGAUUUCCCAGGCCCCUGGCGAAGUUGUCGGUUCCAGCGACAAUGAGAAACUGAGCCCUACCAGUAAUACCUCAUGCAGUUUAGAAAAAAACUCCAGCCAGGCCCCUCCUGGCAUGGAGUAUUGCGUUUUACUCUUCUGUUGUUGUAUUUGCGGUUUUGAAUCUACCAGCAAGGAGAAUCUCUUGGAUCAUAUGAAAGAGCAUGAGGGUGAGAUUGUAAACAUCAUCCUAAGUAAGGACCACAACACAACCCUAAACACAAAUUAGACUGAGUACUUAAAGAGGAACACGGGAGAAGAGAAAUCUUUUAAACCAGUUUCGCCUUUGUGCUAUCAAAUAACUUACUAGACACAGAAGAAAUAGUUGGUGUGGAGGGUUUUUUUGUUCGUUGUUUUGAGGAAAAGACAAGGUGUGACUUUGGAACCAAAUUUGCAGUAUAAUAAAAAGAAUUCCAAAUGGAUAAGCAGGAAUGCUAAUCGUGAGUGAGGGGAAGUAGGUUGAGGAGGAAGCAAAGAUGUAACCCUGUGUUGGCCCUGUGCCCUCUUCUCACCCUGUGACCUCUUCUUAGUGGUGGGUGUAUUUAUUCUUCAGAGCUUACUAUAGUGUAGAAAUGCAAGCAGAAGAGUUAAGAAAGAGCUUUUCCAGAACUGUUCUAAAACUUCCUGUUAUAAAAGUGUCCCAGUGUUAAGCAGAGCUUAGUUCUCUUCAUUCCGAACUUGGACAUGCCAGCUGUGGAGGGCUGGGCCUCUCAUCAGGGGCAGGGGGCUGCUCUCUGAGGGCUUUUCACUGUGACCAGCAGAGUCAGCACAGAAAAGGUCACCAGAGGGCUGUGAAGUGAUCGACCCAACUCUUCCCAAAUCGAUAGGAGUUAAUUAUAUACUCAAUCUAGGAUAUAUUUCUCCCUAAAAAAGAGACCUCUGAAUCCAAAUCUAGAUUGUAAAUAGGCAUUUAAGAAGUAAAUUAUUGUCUUAAAUUUACAGUGAAUGUCUUGUGGGCAAAGGAGAAAAUAGGUGAAUUCCCACCAGCCUCAAACCAAAUCACAAAGUUUGUGAAAAUGGGGACCCAUGUAGUGCAGCACACUUUCAGAGUGUUUGACAGAACACCGCAGUUUCCUCCAUACUUAACACAGGCUGAUCCUCUCUUCUAAAUUAAACCAAGCGUGUCAUCUCAAAGGUCUAUGCAAGCAGCCAAGUGUGAAGAUUCGCAUUUGAUCAUCAGACCUUGGAAAUCCUUGGAACUCUUAAAUAAAAAUCAUUUGGGGGACGAGGGGUGAAAUUCAAAGGCCCCUUAAAAUGAGUACUGCUAUUGAGAUUUUACUGCCUGGAGUUUAUUAAUCUAGUUAUACUUAGCAUAAGAGGUAUAAUCAAAUGUGGCUAAACUAUAGUAAAAAUUCAGGUUGUUUAUAAAACUUUUAACUUGGCGCAAGUCUACAGGGUUUCUCCUAUCUAGGCUAUUCCUUUUGGUUAGUGUGCAAUAGGACAUAUGGACAGGCAACUACAAGUGCUUUUGCAUUAAAACUCGCCAUCAAAUACAUGUAAUCUUCUCAUUAAUUACACGUUCUGUAUUAUAAUAUAUUUCAAAGUGAAGAGAACAGGGUGGUUUUGGUUUUGCUUCUGUAGUACUGAUCAUUUAUUUUUGCGUCGUUUUGUUGAAGUAAAUUCUGCGCACAAGUCAGAAGGCCGGUGCACCGAGCAGUGCACCAUCUUCAUGGUGCUCUUUCUGAACUUGAUCUCUAACAUGUUCUAGAGCUGAGGCUGUGACUCUGAUAAACUUAGAAGACAGUGAUUACUCUGUAGACACAUUUUAGGAAAGAAUUCCCUUCCCCGAGUCCAGGUAUGGACUGAAUAAAUUAAUAUUUUUAAGAUAGCAUCAGGAACUGUUAAGUGGGGCCAGGCCAGCUUGAAACAUUGUUCAGUUUUUUUGUUUUUUUUUACAUCUUAUUUUGAUGAUGAUAUUUAAACAAACAGAAUCGAUUGUAAUUGCCAGCUGUUUGAUUUAGGUAGCUUUAUUUAUAAGAGUUAAUCCAUUUCUGAUAGGUGGUUUUUAAAAACAUAAAAUGAAUUUAUAUAUACUAAUUAUAUAACCCAAGUUCACUGCAUGUAGAUUUAUGUUCAUUUUCUCCUGUUUUCAGAAUUAAAACUCAGUUCUAUCUCA